AUGUUAUUAGAACCACAUGUCGAAGAAGCCUUCAGUAACUAUAGAUUCAAGCACAUAAAUCACCAAAAUUUUAGCUUCUUCAGAAGUACGGAUGCGCAACGUUGGUCGUUUUAUUCUUAUUAUAUUUCUAUAAUAUACUCUAGUAAACCGCCGAUAACCUUUGGCGAGUGCAUUAGCAGGUGGACAGCAAGCCUUAGGGGUAUAAAAAAACAUCGCUCUACCCCGAAAACGAUUGUAAAUUUCGUGGAAAUGCUGUUAGAAUUUAACAAGUCCAAGGAAUUUAGCAUCCUGCGAAAAGCUUGUGAGCAACGGUUCGGAGCUCAUCUUAUGGCGUCCAUUUCGAGUGCCACAGUGGCGUUGAGUGAGUUUGUCCAAGGCAACAACAGACAGGCAGCUGAAAUAGCGGCCAGUCUAAGACAGGAGGAAAACAACGAAGAAGAAAGAAUGCCACCACUCGAAGUUGAUUAUACUAUAAGUUCAGAUCUUUCAUCCAAAGAUGAUUAUACUACGGAUUUGGAUUCUUUAUCACCCGAAGACGAGUAUAUUACAGACUUGGAUUCUCCAUCGCCUGAAGACGAUUAUAUUACAGAGUCGGAUUCUGGAAAAUCUUCCCAGGUGUUGACGGCAAUGAAAAAAGAGAUAGAGUUCAUAUACCGAAAAAUGGAAACCCAAUCAAAAUGGCGCUUAUCUACAGGCAAAUAUGUCGAAGAUUCGUUAUUUGAUUUUGGAAUGGUCGCGAACUAUGAACAUCUCGCUCACUCGUUCAUUAUCGACCCGGACGAUGAAACGUACAAUUCAAUAUUUACCGAAAAGGAGCUCGAUGAAAUUCGGUCUUACAACAGUAAAGAAUUUCCUGAAGUACCAGAUGGUCUUAUCGAGUAUCUAUUGAAAUAUGACAAAGAUUCGUUAGAGGAGCUGAGGGAAGUCCUAGCGGAAAAAGAAUCCUGGGAAGGAAAAUACUAUGACAAAAGCAUCCAUUUUGACUUUGAAUGGAUAAAAAGAUCAAUGCAUAAUCUAAUAAACGAAUAUGAUAACGACAAUUUAAAAUCUGGUCGACACGAGAAUUGGUAUCUCGUUCAUUUCUGGAGUUUAAUUGACAAUUCACUGUCGGAUUUGAAUAAUGUUUAUAUUGCUCGUGGUGAAGUAUGUAGUAACGCAAGCGCUAAUAGAAAGAACCGUCACCGAAUGUCACAAGGAAUCACUCGCUUGAAAAGAAAAGAACUUGGACGCAGAAAUGACCUAAUUAUUAGGAAAAAUAAGCGAGAAUAUGGAUGCUCAGAGGCCGGAAGAUGCUUUAAAGGAGAAAACGACACAAAAAUUUUAAAGGAAAGGGGCCUUAAGUGUCCUAAAGUUAUGAAAGACAUGUUUGUCGAUCUUGCUAAUACAGCCGAAUGGAAUACCGAAAUAGUAAGACAAAUAGAAGUAGUUGGCUGGAUCCAUGCCGAACUAAUGAUGAUGCUAAUGCGACUUGAUAAUCCAAGCGGCUAUAUAUGUCGCAUUACAAGAACACCAUUACAUCAAAUAGCUGAAGAAGAAGUGGGCAAAGGAUCAUCUGCAGUCAUAACACGAAUUUAUGAUUGUUGCGAAACACCUAAAUGGAAAAAAAAGAAAAAUUGA